AUGCGGGGUCGACACCUAGAUGAUGUUACUUUAGUGUUCCAGGCACACCAGAGACAGUUCAUUGUCGAUCUCACACUAAAUAAACAUUUGUUUUCCAAGGCAUACAUAGAAAAAACCGUAAAGGACAAUGGUGACCAUGUAUAUAAACCAGCAAACCAUAUAUCCAACCAUUGUUUUUACCACGGUGCCUUACGGGAUCUUCCAAGUUCUAUGGCAGCUCUCAGCACAUGUGGAGGUAUUAGUGGGUUUGUAACUGUAGGCCGUGAGACUUACCAUGUGGAACCAGAGGACAAGGCUGUACCAGUCUCGAUCAAAGUCUAUAAGGAAGUGACACAGGGUCCAGAUCCAGGCACCCACAGUCAUUGUGAGUCGGAUGACAAACAGUCUGUGUUUUUUGUCAAUGGCACAGUCAACAAUUUGCACAGAAAGGAAUUUUCCCAAAGGGUGAGAAGAAGCAUCAGGGGUCCCUAUGACGGCAAUGAGAAUGCUAGAUUUGUAGAACUUUUCAUUGUGAAUGACCAUCGCACUUUUGAACGACAGGGUCGUAAUGAGCAAACACUGAUCAGGAGAUCUCAAGACAUUGCAAAUAUUGUUAGCAGGCUCUACCGUCCUCUCAACAUUUACAUAGCUUUGGUUGGGGUCGAAAUAUGGUCCGAAUCUGACCAGGUCACCAUAUCACCGUACGCCAAUUCUUCACUGGAGAAAUUCCUGUUGUAUCGUAAACAGCGCAUCAACCCCUACCAUCAGAAUGAUAAUGCUCAACUUAUCACGGGUCAGACAUUCAAUGAUGGUGUUGUGGGGAAGGCCAUCAAAUCUUCCAUAUGUACCCAUCAGUAUUCUGGAGGUGUAGACAUGGAUCGUACUAGGAUAACCCAUGUGGCCACUACUGUUGCCCACGAGCUGGGUCACAACUUUGGAAUGGACCAUGAUAACUACUCUGUAUGUCGUUGUAAACAAGAGAAGUGCAUAAUGGCGCCUACUAGUGGAGGGUCCCCAAGUCCAUCUCAGUGGUCCACCUGUUCUAGAGUUGCAGUCAUAGAGGCAUUUGACCUUGGUAUGGACUACUGUCUAAAAAACAUGCCAGAAAACCUGUAUGAGGGACCGGUCUGCGGGAACACAUUUGUGGAGGAGGGAGAAGAAUGUGACUGCGGUCUGGUGGAGGACUGUACUAGUAAGUGUUGUAAUGCUACAACAUGUCGACUGAAAUCUGGAGCUGAGUGUGCCACAGGAAGCUGUUGUAACCAAGACACUUGCAAGCCCAAACCUGCUGCUACCCUGUGCAGGGCAGCCAUGGAGGAGUGUGAUCUGGCAGAAUUUUGUAAUGGAGAAUCUGAGUACUGUCCAAGUGAUGUGUAUCUCCAGAAUGGUCUCGCCUGUAAGGACAAACGGUCAUACUGCUACCAAGGCCACUGUAAAACUCACACAGACCAGUGUCGUAUGUUGUGGGGGUCCACUGGGCGUGUGUCUGACCCAAUCUGUUUCCAGCAUCUUAACACUAAUGGAAGCAAACAUGGUAACUGUGGAUAUGAUUGGAAAAGGGAGCAGUACUUACGCUGUGAUAAAGAUGACGUGAUGUGUGGGUUGCUUCACUGUGUACAUCUGAAUGAGAAGUUAAUGUUCUGGAGAGAGAGUCUAGCUAAGGCUACUCCAGCCACCUUCCUCACCAAGGGCAGAGAACGAUAUGUGUGUCGUUCAGUCAUCCUGGAUGUUGGAUUAGACAUGCCAGAUCCUGGCAUGGCACCAGAUGGGGCUAAGUGUGGUGACAAGAAGAUUUGUCUUUCUAACAAGUGCACUCCACUCAGCAGGCUGCAGAUUUUGCCCUGUCCAAACUGUCAUGGCAAUGGGGUUUGUAACAGUAUGGGUCAGUGUCACUGUAACGAGGGGUUUGGACCACCUUAUUGUAAUGGCCCUGGACAUGGUGGUAGUACACACAGUGGACCAAUGAAGACCUUAGAGGACAACAGUCUAUUGAUCGGGAUGCUAGUCUUCUUUGCCCUCUUUGUCAUCCAUUGUCUCCUCUGCCUCCUUGCCUACUAUCACAGAGAGAAACUGACCAAGUGGUGGAACCAACGUGCCUCUGCUCUCAAGUACAGUGUACCAUCUUUGCCAAGCAUCAAACUGGCUUCUAGGAACAAAAGACAACCUCCUCCUCCUCCACGUCCCGGGGCAGCAGUUGGAGGAGGGGCACGGGAGCCAAAACAGACAAGUGCUAUGAUGAGAAAUGGAAAUGUUUCUGUGGAAAUUUCCUCACCAGUAUUACAGGAUAGCACUCCAAACCAAUCACAGUCCUCUUCUCACACACUGAAGAUUGGCAAAAAGCCUCAACCACUGCCAGCCAGAAAUGUCACUGCCCCUAAUACAGAAGAGCCAACACAAAGUGAAAAACCCAUGUCAGCAUUCUCAAAGAUGAUCAACAGAUCUGGGGACUCAUCAUUUCAGUCAUUUUCAAAGUUACUUAACCGAUCUAAAGAAAAGGAAUCACCAAAUUCAUCUCCAAAGCCACCACUUAAACAAGUAACAUCAAAUCCCUUGUUUCAACCCACAGAUCCCAUAGUAAAGAAGGAUUCUUUUAAUCGUGAUCGUGAAAUAUCAAAACCUGUUUUAAUCAGCACAACAGAUCGCAGGUCUAAAGCCUUUGUAAAGGACCAUAGUUCAGACAAUUUUGAAGAAGAUCAUGGAUUUUCAUUUGCUGAUUCAUCAAUUUCACCUCCACCACCACCUGCCCCUCGUCAGGCUCCUCCACGCAGGAAUAAGUCAGGGAGGGCUCCACCUAGACCCACUUCUCUCCCACCACAGCCACUCAAAGAGAAGCUCCGUAAAGAGGAAGAGAAACAACUCACUAGAAAAUCUGUGGUCGACCCUGGAGCAAGGUCACCUCCCCGGCCACCACCCCCUAAUGUAAAUAACCAAUCACAGUCUUUCUCACAACAGCAGGAAAUGCAAAUACAGCCAGUAAGUUUCAGUAACCAGGGUCGUAGGUUGAAUUUGAAUCCAAACUUGCACAACAGUAGAAAUGCCAGCAAUUUUGAUGAGCCCAUCCCAGCUCCAACUCCACGAGUUUUUAUAGACAAAAGUCGAAUUAAACAUGACUCCAAGCCCAGUGGACAAUCAUCUUCCAGCAAAACUAAUGCUGUGGCAAAUAAAAAACCAGAUAGACAUCCAGCUGGUGAAUCAAAAGCCAACGGUAGAGUUCCUUUAUCUACAAAUGCUACAAAGACUUCUUUUGAUCUUAAAGGCAAAAAUGUGUUGCCAAGUAACAACAACAACAAUAAUUUAUCAUCUGACUCCAGGUCAAAUUGGAGGUCAGAUAUGACAUCACAUAAAAACAAUAUACCAGAGCCUGCAACAAGAGGCUUUCACCAUAUACCAGACAAUAGAUCAGGUAAGAAGUCAAAUGACCAAAAACCUAGACAAAAAGGGGAUGUGUCCCAACCCAGACAAACAGGCGAUGUGUCAAAAGCACGCAAGCCUUUGCAGAAAUCAUCCACUCAGUCACAGAGUCGUAUACGUGAGACUGAUAUAAUUGACAACAAUGCCAAUCCUGAAGAGGGGUCAGGAUGCGUGGCUGAAAUUAAGGCCAUGUUUGAUGAGAUGGACAUUGGGCGAAGUCUGUCUGAUAGCCCAGAAAAAGAGUCAACUCCUUCUCCUGUAUUGGCUAAGGUGACAAGAAACAAUUCGGGGUCAGUAGAUCGACCCAAACCACCACCUAAACCAGGUCAAGGUUCAGCCAAAGUCAAACCAAGUCAAGGUUCGACAAAGGUCAAACCAGGUUCAAAGGUCAGAAGUGUAAAUGUUUAA